AUCCCUGUUUUGCUUUGGGAGCUUUAGAGGACAGACACAUUCUUCCAUCUCUGCUAAUCCUCUGCUGAUACAGAGGAUUUUCCUGCCAUUAAAUGAUAGCUUGUGAGAAAAAAAUGCCAACUUUUCAGAGACUGACUCGUAUGGCUAAUGGCUGCCUCAUGAGCAGGAGGGAGGACACAGCCACUGCCUGGCUAGAUGAGAGGAACCUGCCCCUUGCAUGGCUGGUGAGAAGAAUGUGGAUGAGCUGGUGAAGAGGUGUAGCAAAAAGCGACAGGAUUGUCUGAGAAGAUCCCUCAAGUUCGCUUGCCAGACCUGAAAUGCCACUAGUGAGUAAUCAAGGUAAUGUUUGCCAUCAUUUUAAAUGUGAUCCUUUGGGUGCCCCACGUCCAUGCGGUGUGGGCCUGUGUGCGGUCAUGCCCGGCCAGCUGCGUGUGCACCCAGGAGCGGAGCUGCUCUGUCCUCUGCGAUCGUGUCGGUCUGGGGCAGAUCCCCAGCGAGUUCCCUUGCGAAGCCUCCUCGAUCAACCUGGACAAAAACAGCAUCAAGUUCCUCUCUGAGAGGGCUUUUGGGACCUUGCCUUCCCUCAAAUCCCUGUCGCUCAACCACAACAACAUCUCCUUCAUCACGCCGGGGGCUUUCAAGGGGCUGCCCAGCCUGACGGAGCUGAAGAUGGCCCACAACGAGUACAUUCGCUAUCUCCACACGCGCACCUUCACCGCCCUCAGGCGCCUGGUCAGGCUGGACCUGGCUGACUGCAACCUUUUCAACAUCCCAGACAGGAUCUUCAUUGAGCUGCAUGCUCUGCAGGAGCUCUUCUGCUUCCAGAACAACUUCCGGAGGAUCCCGGGUGCCAUCAGGGGCAUGGAGAACCUGACUCAUGUUUACUUGGAGAGAAACAGGAUCGAAGCAGUAGCCUACAACUCCCUGCAGGGCCUGACCAGGUUGAAAUACCUGAACCUGCAGGACAACAAGAUCAAUGUCAUUCAUGAGCGAGCUUUUCAGGGCUGCCAGAAGAUGGAGUACCUGUACCUGAAUGACAAUUUGAUCAGCGAGCUCCCAGAAAACUCCUUUGAUGGCCUGAGGUGCCUGAAGAUGCUUAACUUGGGGGGGAACUUCCUCAGGAACAUUUCCAACACCUGGUUCAGGGACCUGGGGGAGCUGGAGGUCCUCUACCUGGACCGCAACAGGAUCAACUACAUCGAGGAAGGGGCUUUUGAAAACCUCACCAGCCUGGUGACUCUGCACUUGAACAGCAACAACCUGACGACGCUGCCCUUCUCUGUCUUCCAGCCGGUGUACUUCCUGGGGCGCCUGUACCUCUUCCGCAACCCCUGGGAGUGCGACUGCCGCAUCGAGUGGCUCAAGGAGUGGAUGGAGAACUACAGGCUCGUCAGGGAUAUUCCCUGUGCCUCCCCCUCCUCGGUCGCUGGGAUGGAUCUGCUGGAUGUGCUGUAUGAGAGGUCCCCAGAAGGUGACUGUCUUGACCCUGUGGAGCUGAACGUUACGUCUGAAGGCCCAACCCCAAGUGAGCAGCCUUGGUCCACCACUGAGAGCAAGUUCAACAGCCUUAUCUCCAAGCUCUUGCUCCAGAUGGGCCUUCCAGAAGAAGUGGCAAACACUACUGAAGUCUACAUUAACACCACACAGCUGGAUGUACUGACUGAUGGGGUUUCUUCUGGGGGGGAGGAAGGCAAUAUUGAUGCCAUCUUCUUCUCUUUUUACCUCCCAGCACUUUUUACAGUGAUUGUUCUGCAGUGCAAAUAGUCCAAGGGCUGUAUGGAUCAUAGAUCUUGCUCAAGCAUUUAGUCCUUGUACCUACCUAGUCAUUAGGGAAAAGUUUGUACUGUGGGCAUCUUGUAUGUAACUGGCUCCAAACCCUCCCAGGUUGGGUUGGUUGGAUCUGGCUACAGAUUCCCCUGGGUGGUGCUGCUGGGAUCUGGUUCAAGGUUGACUCUGCCCCAUGGGGUCUCAGAGCCUCCCAGAUACUUACAGAGCUGUGUGUAAGAUGAGCAAUGAGAAAAUAGCAGUAAGGUUGAGUUUUGCUUAGAGAUGUGCAGUGUGCCCUGCUAGGAGCAUAGGGAAGAGUGGUCUGUAUGAAUGGUGGGACACUGCAGGUGGUUUCAUUCCCUUGGGCUGAGUCCAGCUGUCUCAAGCAUGGACUUUCUGAGAGCAACAAGAGACAGCAAAACUGGACCCCCUCUUCAUGUCCUGACAGACACCCAUACCCACAGCAGUUGCUGCUUAAAGCUGGUGAACACUACGGUGUCAGGAGGGGAGCAGGGUUGUCCUGAGCAGCACCCAGGGAUGCAGCACUGGCUCUCAUGAACAGGAGAACAGCAUCUGAGGAGGAUACCUGCCCUGGGAGGGUGUGUGAUGGGCGCAGUGUUUUGGCCAUGACUAUGGCCAUGUUUCUGAUCCUUUCUCCCUCUGCUAUCUUUGUUUGUCAAAACAUUCUUCUCAGAGAAAAAGCUGUUUCGGUCUAGCAGUUUACUUACUAACACCUGU